GGGGCGGUGGUUUCUGAAUCUGAGGUAGUAGGUAGGAGCUGGGUGGGUGGAGCACGACGUAGCCCGCCCCCGCCCGACCAAUGCAGCUGCUGCAGAUGUGAUGCCCUGCCCGGACGGGCCCUUGUGAACUGAGUUUACUGGAAGAAGAGUGUGACAAAGAACCUUCGCGCAUUGAUUCCCUCGGCGAGCGCAGAGAACUUGAGCUGCCACCCCCUCCCUCCUCCAUUCCACGGGUGCCAGCUGAAGGUCGCGGCCCACUUCGGUGGCGGUGUCAGUCGAACCGACUCCUGUGUAGUUCCUGAAGCUGAACUUUAGGCCUGCUCCUGGCUGCAUUGUGACUACCCGCCUGCUACUCGGUCUUGUUCUGUGCUGCUUCAAGACUUCCUGCAUCUGCUGUGCUUGAAACUCCUAUGGCUGCCCCUACCUCCCUAUGUCUGCAACUUAAAACCUCGAUGGACUUCUAUAGGACUUGCCCUAAGUAUAAUCCUCAACAUCAGUCUUGCAUUCUAGCGGUUCUAGCACAAUCAGGCUCUGAUUGUACUUCUCGUGAUCUCGCUCGGCCUCCUUGCCCACAUGACUGGAUCGGUUAUCGGGGAAAAUGCUACUACUUUUCAGUGAGAGAACAAAACUGGACUGCCAGCCAGAGCUUCUGCUCUUCGCAGGAUGCUUCCCUGGCGAGCAUUAGAAAUGAGGAAGAGAAUUUUGUGAUACGCAACAAAGGCAAACAUCCCUGUUGGGUUGGCCUAAGGAGAGACCGAGAUCAGACCUGGAGAUGGCUGGAUGGAAAGAAUGCAACGUUGAAAGUCUUGGGAGAGGGAGGAGAUGCAGACUGUGCAUACUUAAAUGAUGAAGCCAAACCGAGCGCCUCAAGAUGCAUUAUCGAACACCGGUGGAUCUGCAGCAAGCCGAUGAACUAGAAAAGCCGAAAGAGAACAUGAAAGAACAUGAAUGCUAGCUGUUCAGAUGUGCCUCCUCAUUUGAUCUCUCCCCAUUUUUCUGGCUAUGUACAGCCCUUCCCUCCCACCUUGCACUGACAGGGCUCACAGGCUUACCCUAUCCCAACUGUGUGUCUGCUCCUUACCUCAAUUAGUGUUGACAUGCUAGGUGUUUAAAAUAUGAAAUGGCUUUUUUUAAAUCCACCUUUUAGAACCUGACAUGGCCAGCCUGCUAAUGAGGCCAGGUGAAGCAGUAGGGAUGUGCGGUUCGGUUCGGAUCCGGACCGGUUCGUCCGAACCGGUCCGGAUCCGGCAGCUCGAUCCCGGACUGAAUCGGGCCCUUCCGGGGACCGAGCCGGACCGAAUUCGAGCCGGUUCGGGAAUGAAAUUGAGUCUCUGGAGUGUCUCUUUAAAGUUCCAAGUGUGUCCUCCAUUUUGUGUCUCCUUCCCGAAACUUUUGCUCCUCCUUGCAUCCAUUUUGUGAUGCUAUUUCCAGGCAUUGUAUUGGCUGCGCUAUUGAUCCUUGAUUGGCCAGAAUGAGUCCUUUGGUCUGGUAGGCUGCUUGGCUGUUGCACUGUUGAGAGCUGGCACCCUGUUGGCCGUGGGGGGAGUGCAAAGGUGGGGGCUCCCAAAGGAGGGAAUUUCAAACCUAUAUAAACCCAAGCCUCUUCUCUGGAAACUUCUCUUGGCUGCAGUUGUGGGAUCAUCUCUGAGACCUGCUUGCCCUUUGCUGGCUGCUCUGGUGUCUCUGUGAGUCCUGACUGUGUCCUGUGUCUCUCUGUGUGUGCUCUGUCUAAUCCUUUGUCCACCUGCCCUUUGUGACUCUCUGUGUGUCUCCUCUCUCUGUCUGUCUCUUGUCUGUAUACUGUGUGUUACUUCACUUUACUUUCUUCUUAAUUUCCCCCAAUUUUCCCUGUUCCUUGUCUGUCUGCUUUUCUCCCCCCUCCCCCCCCUUUCCCUUCUCAUCCUUUGGGCCUACCCUCCCCCUCCCCCACUCCCACCCACUGCAUCCUCAUUGCUUUAAAUCUUCUUCCAUUAAUUAUUGCUCUUUGU